AUGCAAAAAGCUGAAACAUCCUCGUCAUGUUUUAAAGAACUUCUUCGACGGAAUCUAAGUCGUCGGAACCUCCACAACGGUUUCCCGCCUCAUAGUGGCGUGGAAGUUACACUGGGCGUCGAACUGCGAUGCACAGCGGAGGUUGGGCGACGACCUGUGGUGGAAGCUAAGCUCGCCGUGGCAUGGCAGCUUAGUUUGGGGAAAAGUCUUUUUGCCACUCCAGCAUAUACACUGCCUCAGUACCCUGCACAUUGGGCUCUGCCGUCUCAGACUUCGGACGGUAUGGCGACCGACUGUGUACCUACAACGCGAGAACAGUGUCCACAGACGCUGACCUGCAUGCCCUUCUCGGAGCUGCAAAGCGUAUCAAAUUUCACGUGUUUGUUUUGUUGUGCACCCAUCUGUCGUCCAUCUUUUCGAUUCUCACGAGAUCCUGUCACCUCGUCUGGUCAUUCUUCGCCUUCGCCCUCUGCGCCAAAAAACCAUCAGUAUCAUCACUCACCAACAUCAGCAGCUGAUGAAUCCGAAUUGGACGCGUUUUACGGAGAGCUGGAGAAAGUAGUCCUCAACGAGAAGUCCUUCUACAAAUUCGUUGUAGGAGACUUCAACGCAAAACUAGGAAAGGCCACAGAAGAGGAAUACAGGAUUGGAAGAUUUGGACUAGGGGACCGGAAUGAAAAUGGCAAUCGUCUCGCUGGGCUGUUGUCCGCCGCUCACCUCUUUCAUGGGAAUUCUCUUUUCAUGAAGAAAGAUCAUCGUCGGUGGACAUGGGAAUCGCCCAAUGGCGCGACUCGUGCGGAGAUCGACCUCAUACUCACCAACCGGAGGUGGUGUCUACUUGACGUCUCAGUAGUACCAUCCUUUUGUAGUGGUUCUGAUCACCGUCUCCUUCGUGCGGAAAUACGAAUAAGCCACACGAUGGAAAAGAACAUCUGCUAUCGGCAACGAAGGAGAAAAGAAGUCUACGACGAUUGCGUACUCGAGGACUCUUUGUCCCAAGGUGACUGGCACAUCGAGGAGGACCCAAACGUGGACUACGAGAUGCUGCUCAGAGGAUUACGAGCCUGUGCUGAGCGUACCUCGAAGCCGCGCACGACAAACUUGGAUCGAAUUUCGAAGACCACCAAGGAAUUGUUGGAAAGAAGAAGAGCUUUGAGGCUUGAUCCGAAUGCAUCGCACAUCGAUUGA